AUGGGCUGGUUUUCAUCAUCUGCUCCCUCUGCGGAGAAACCGACUUCCUCAAAUUCAAGCGAUCCAGUCCCAUCUCCCCAAUCUUCCACACCCACACCUCAAACAAAAACUCUCUCUCGCGAUGAAAUUGCAGAACAAGAACUGAAUUCCUUUCUCCGGGAAUUGGAGGCCGACACCCAUUCUUCUAGUACAAAAUACAACCGUGUACCCCGGAUACCUCCACCAGAACCUUCCCAUUCUCAACCAUCCACUCAAGCUCCUCCUCAAAGUGACCCCUCGGAACCGCUCUCUAUCCAACUCCUUCCCACAACCAUGUCCUGCCGCACAGCCUUCGAUGCAGCAUUCUAUUGCCAGUCCUUUGGCGGCCAAUUCAAUAAUUUAUAUCGAUAUGGCUCUGCACGAGAUUGUAGCGAGUCAUGGUCUGACUUUUGGUUUUGUAUGAAAACGAGAACGUAUGCCGAUAAUGAGAAGGCCAAACUGAUCAAGGCACGAUGGAUUGAGAAGGAGAAGAGAAAAUAUGGAGAUCCGAGUGAUAAGAAUAGGGAGUUAGGGAAGAGUAGUGAGGAUGUGUGGAAAGGAAGAGAGCAGAGGUUAGAUUGGGGAGAAGCAUUUUGUGUGGAGGAACCCAAAUGGACAGGAAGUGACGAUGAAUGGAGAAGGAUGGAGAAAAAACACAGGGAGGCACAAAAAAGUAAUCUUUGA